GCAAAAUUUGAGAGAGAGAGAGAGAGAGGGAGGGAGUGUGUCUGUUUAAGAGAGAGAAAUUGAGAAAUUUUCCGCCAUUAAUGCCUCUCAGCGAGAAAGUGUGAUCGAUAGCGUUGUGCACGGCUUCUAUAACUGAGACUGAUUUUUCUUUGCUGUCUCGUCUCUUUUUCUCGCUGUCCAAACAGAGGUGUUACGCGGCAUGGAGCUGAGCAAGGUGACGCUGGAGAUCUUCUCCAAACUUGAGCAGAAAUGGCUGUCUCACUGCGAAGGUAGUAAAAAGACUAGAGUUCUCAGCAUCGACGGCGGCGGAACCACCGCCGUUGUUGCCGCAGCCGCCUUGGUUCACCUUGAAGACCAGAUCCAACUCAAGACUGGCGAUUCGCACUCUCGCAUUGUUGAUUUCUUCGAUGUCGUUGUUGGUACCGGAAUCGGUGCUGUUUUUGCUGCAAUGCUCACUGCGGAUGACGGUUCUGGGCGGCCAUUGUUUAGCGCUAAACAAGCUGUUAAAUUUCUGACGGAGAAGCAGUGUGAGAUGUUUAAGAUCAAGCACGUUGGGGUCUUUCGCAGGCGCCGAAGGUUCUCCGGGAGGAGUAUGGAUAAGGUGUUGAAGGAGGCGUUGAGGAGAGAGGAUGGGAAGGUUUUAACGUUGAAGGAUACUUGUAAGCCUCUCCUUGUCCCUUGCUUUGAUCUCAACAGCUCUGCACCGUUUGUUUUCUCACGAGCCGACGCGUCCGAAUCCCCUAGCUUUGAUUUCGAGCUCUGGAAGGUCUGCCGUGCCACGACGGCCACUCCGAGCAUGUUCAAGCCGUUUUCGUUGACGUCGGUUGACGGAAAAACCUCUUGCUCUGCCGUCGACGGGGGUCUUGUCAUGAAUAAUCCCACUGCCGCGGCAGUCACUCAUGUCCUCCACAACAAGCGCGACUUCCCAUCCGUUAACGGCGUAGAAGACCUGCUAGUUCUGUCGUUGGGUAACGGUUCGCUAACCGAUCCGUCUCGCUGGCGACUCCGUCGUGACGGCGAGUGCUCGACGUCUACCGUUGUCGACAUUGUUCUCGACGGAGUUUCGGAAACCGUAGACCAGAUGCUAGGGAACGCCUUCUGCUGGAACCGUACCGACUACGUCAGAAUUCAGGCGAACGGUUUCGGCAUACAGAAAGUGGAACCGAGAAUGGCGGAGGAGGUGUUGAAGGAAAGAGGCGUGGAAUCGUUGCCGUUUGGCGGGAAGCGGUUGUUGACGGAGACUAACGGACAGAGAAUCGAAAGGUUUGUGCAACGGCUUGUUGCUUCGGGGAAGUCCAGUCUCCCACCGAGUCCGGUCAAGGAAGCCGCCGUUAGUCCUCUGGUUAACGGUCGUUAGCUUUUCAUCUUCAUUAUUAUCCCUUUUUUUUAGUUAACUCUCCUUUGUUAUAACCAACCUUAGGUUUGCUUAACUGUCUGUAUUUCCCAGUUAAAUAUCUAAUAAUGAUGUGUUCAUUCUCUCUCUUCCAUUGAAACAAGAGAUGUUGCCAAACAGUAAGACAGGCUGGACCCUUCUCAUGAACCCAAAUGCAAUGGAACAGUUCAAUAUUUUCCA